CCCUUUUCCCGGACAACUUUUAUUCUUUCUAGCCUCUAGAAACGCUCGUGAAAGUAGAAAUUUUUCCGAAUUCGAACACGAUCGUUUCACCGCCGCAGUCGCCAUUUUGCUUGACUCUCACAAUCCAACACAUUCACAUUCAUUCACAUCUGACAUGUCUCUCUAAUGUUAUUAUCGACUAGGAUAAACUUCGAUGAUAUUUGUUUGUCAUUGUUUGUCAUUCCUUUUUUCUUAUUGUCGCAUUAAGUACAGUUCCCUCGACGUGCAUCGAAUUGAAUCUCCUUCGAAAUGAAAUAAGUGACUGAGUGAGGUUAAAUCCUAUAUUCGUUUGCUCUCGAGGAAGGUGCUCGACGUUCCCAACCUUUCGCGAAAAAUCUUACGCGAGUGAGCAAUUGGUGCUUCAAAGCUUGCAAGUAUUAGAAUGCCCCAAUUCUCGAGGAUUUUUCACUAAUUUCUAUUCAAACUGGGUAACUCCUGUCAAUUGCGAGAUUGGAUCGAGAAAUUCGUUGACAGAGUUGUCAAUCCAUGGCAAAGCGAACAUAACCUAUAAUUGAGUACCUGCAGAAAGUUUUAAAUGCUUCAAAUUAAUUUUGGAAAACGAUGGAGCCUCGUCUAAAGUCACAGACCUUGCGAGGAUUCAGUUUUGAGCUCUUUUUGGAGAGAAAGUAAUCUGAUUAUGGGUUUAUUCGAGAAGAUUUAAUGUGCGAGGUGGCGCGAGUGUGGAAGAAGAUCUCAAUCGAUGAGGAUCCCGGAAACGGAAGAUCCGUGGAAUAUGGACAGUAAAUUGAAGUUCUCCGACCGUUUGAAAGCCUUGCUGAAAACGGAGAACCGGCAAGACGUUGAUCCCUACGUUUUCAGCGAACCGGAACCGUUCACCUCCUCUGGAGGCGCGAAUGCCAAGAACCUGAAGUUGCUCGCAUCCCGAAACUCGCGAAGUGUGCAAAACCGAAGUUCGAAAUCGAAAGGGAAAUGCAUCAAUCAGAGGAUAAAGGCGGAACCAGUCGAAGCCUCCGGAUCCUUGACGAUGAGCAACUCAGUUUUGGAAGGCGGCGCAUCCAAGAACAUGAAUCUCCGAUUUCCGGACGCGAUCCAAAGGAAGCGAAAACACGCGGAUAGUUUGUUGCGAAUUGGCUCAACCAGGCCAAGUCGCGACCACACUCUGCUCUAUUAUCCGCGAGCUGGUGAUGAGAUUUCCGACAGUGAAUCGAGUGGCGAAGAAGCAACGGUUUAUCAGCGCCACUGGUUCAAUGGCGAGACAACUGAGCCGACAACUCGAUCAACGCGACUCAUCCAGUUGCGCUCGCAACUCCGACGGCGUUUGAUUCAGUUGCACAAGAGUGGCCUUGAGUCCGAGGCUUCGCUGCGCGAACGAGCGCGCUGUUUGUUGCAGGCAGCUUACCGUGAUCCAUCGUCAGCGGCGCGAGCAUUUGGCGACAAGGGUGCGACGAAAAAAUAUCUCGAGGGUCCUCUCUUGGUUGGCGGUCCCUGCGGCAUGGAGGGAUGUCGACAGAUUUCUUUGCCUUGCACGCGACACUGUUCGCGGCACAUUAUGAUGAAUGGGGAUCAGCAACUCUUCGAGCACUGCACUGCCAAGUUCAGCGACAACACUCAGUGCUCGAUUCCAGUGUUCGAUGUGGCCCACGAAUUGCCUCUGUGUCCGGAGCAUGCGAGAAAACGGGACAAUUAUCAUCGGAAGGCGCAACAAUCCAAACCAAAGAAAUCGCGCAAGAAGCCGGCGUCGCCGACAGUGCCAACGGCGCCGAGGCCGAAGCCGAAAUCGAGACCGAAGAAGAGGAAGCGUCCUCCGGCGCCGAGUAAACCCCAGGAAGUGAAGAAUCCGGAAAUUGUGGUUCAGCAGCAGCAGCAGCCGCAACAACAACCACAACAACAGCAGCAGCAUCAGAAUCAGCCGGAAAUUGGUGAAAUUGGGCAUAGAUUUGUGAGUCAGGUUCCGACUGAGAAUCACACCAAGACACUUAAUAAUCUGAAUGCACCGCAGAGUACGUCGAAUGCGAAUAUGAAUCUUGGGUUGGGAUUGGGGGGACUUGGACUUGGGAGUGGGCUCAAGGUGGAACUUGGGGAUCAUGAGGUUUUUGCGUCAUUGGAUCCGACUGAACACGACUUUGGAAAUGUGCUAAAUACUCUGCCAGCUGAUGCUUUCAACGACCUGUUUAUUGAAAGCAGGAAUGGAGAAUACGAGCCAUCGAGAGAAGAGGAAGAGGAAUUGGAACGCGCUUUAGAGGCGGUGGACAAAGAUGUCCGAACUUUAGAACGAUUGGGACAGCAUCACGGUUUAUUGGAACCGGCUUUACUUGCCCAACUUAUGUCGGACAUUGCUUCGUAGCCCCCUCUACCUCACUAAAAGUGCGAUUUAGAGAGAAAGAGAGAGAGAGAGAUAAAAAAAAACCGCCUCAAUUCGCCACUCUUGUUCCUCGCAUAUCUUGUAGCGAACAAUAUUUUAUGUCUGUGCUGGUAAAAGUGUAACGUUGUUGUGCGUUUAUUGCAAAUUUCAAAUUGCAACUCGAGACUUAGUUAAAAAGUAAUGCCAGAAAAUCAGUUCGCAACAAGUACUGAACUAUUGCAAAUUAUUAUCUAGAGAAUUUCAUUUUUUAUUAGCAUCUUCAUUCAUAUUAACAAGACUUCAAUCCCCGGAAAAGGAAAAAAAAGAAGUUGAACAGUGAGUAUCUUUGGCUCCGUUUCGUUGUGAUAUACAAGUUGAGCGUUUCGUUCAAAUUAUGAAUGAGUGAUAGGAUUAAAAAAACAAAGGGAGGAUACGUAUUACAUUUAUUACAAAUUGAAACGAUCGUACCUUACGUACGAGACUGGAUUAAAAUCCGUAACUCAAGAAUUACGAUAUACGUAUUAUCGUAUUUAUUUCUGAAACAGGGAUAGCAAAAAAAAAGUACUCGAAAAAUCGUCAUUUGAAGAAAGAGGCUUAAGUAUUUCUCUAACAGGUUGUCUAUUGAUGACGAUGAUGAACUUUGUAUAUAAAUACCAAACAGCAGUCAGUGUAUAUGAGAAACGUUUUGGAACGAUAGUCAAAUUAUCGAAUGAAAGGUUUACAGUUAAUAGUUUUCAAAAUGCUGUCACUCUUUAAGCAGGGUUGCAACAGAAGCUGGAGAAGUCCGGGAAUUUUUAAAGAGAGUCUGAACAUUUUUAUUUCUAGUUCUUCUUAAGGUUUGAAGAAUUAUUCUAGUACUUUUCUGCUUAUUUUGAAAAUGUAGGUUGAAUGGAAUUGAUAUAUGUUACGAGCUGUUGCUAAAGUGUCUGUUUAAGUUUUUACAGUUUCUAAAGAAACAUCUUUAAAAUUUCAAUGC